AGCAACGGAACCAACAAAUCCCCAACCAAUCUCGUCUCCAAUCGACCCGAGGCUCGUCGAAUCCUCCCUCCCCGCCGCCUCAAGAUGCAGAUCUUUGUGAAGACACUGACGGGCAAGACCAUCACCCUUGAGGUGGAGUCAUCUGACACCAUCGACAACGUCAAGGCCAAGAUCCAGGAUAAGGAGGGCAUCCCGCCGGACCAGCAGCGUCUCAUCUUCGCUGGCAAGCAGCUCGAGGACGGGAGGACCCUCGCUGACUACAACAUCCAGAAGGAGUCAACACUCCACCUUGUUCUCCGUCUUCGCGGAGGCAUGCAGAUCUUUGUGAAGACACUGACGGGCAAGACCAUCACCCUUGAGGUGGAAUCCUCUGACACAAUCGACAACGUCAAGGCCAAGAUCCAGGACAAGGAGGGCAUUCCUCCGGACCAGCAGCGUCUCAUCUUCGCCGGCAAGCAGCUCGAGGAUGGCCGUACCCUCGCUGACUACAACAUCCAGAAAGAGUCCACCCUCCACCUUGUCCUCCGUCUUAGGGGUGGCAUGCAGAUCUUCGUGAAGACCCUCACUGGCAAGACCAUCACCCUUGAGGUUGAGAGCUCCGACACCAUCGACAACGUCAAGGCCAAGAUCCAGGACAAGGAGGGCAUCCCCCCGGACCAGCAGCGCCUGAUCUUCGCUGGCAAGCAGCUCGAGGAUGGCCGUACCCUCGCUGACUACAACAUCCAGAAGGAGUCCACCCUCCACCUUGUCCUCCGCCUUCGGGGAGGCAUGCAGAUCUUCGUGAAGACCCUGACUGGGAAGACCAUCACUCUGGAGGUGGAGAGCUCAGACACCAUCGACAACGUCAAGGCCAAGAUCCAGGACAAGGAGGGCAUCCCCCCGGACCAGCAGCGGCUCAUCUUUGCAGGCAAGCAGCUGGAGGAUGGUCGCACCCUUGCUGACUACAACAUCCAGAAGGAGUCUACCCUUCACCUGGUGCUCCGCCUCCGUGGUGGCAUGCAGAUCUUCGUCAAGACCCUGACUGGGAAGACCAUCACUCUGGAGGUUGAGAGCUCUGACACCAUUGACAAUGUCAAGGCCAAGAUCCAGGACAAGGAGGGCAUUCCCCCGGAUCAGCAGCGCCUGAUCUUCGCCGGCAAGCAGCUGGAGGAUGGUCGCACCCUUGCGGACUACAACAUCCAGAAGGAGUCCACCCUUCACCUGGUGCUCCGCCUCCGUGGUGGUCAGUAAUUGCCGUGUGUCGUCCGGUGGGUGUGCCUCUUUGUUCAAGUGUCGUCUCGUCUGAGUGAAGUCGUACUGUGUCUGGUUUGAUGGAUCAUCGAGUCAUCCUUAUGUGUGGUUUUGUGCAAACAGUUUCUGGUACAUCUGUGCCGUUAAGUAUGAAUAAGUCAACUUUGAAGUAA